AUGACUAGUCCGGGCAACAAUGAUUCAGCCGUGCAACCAUCGAUAGCUGUGGGAAUCGAAGAACAAGGGGAAGAUUUCCUAUUGACGAUGAAGACAUUCGAUUUCGCGAUCGUCAAUGAUGAUCCUGAGCUUGAUCUCCCAUCCCAAGUGACGAAUCCACCAAAUUUCACCGCAGCCCCAAGCAAUGUGCAACUCCCAGUUAUGAGACCGUCGUUUCAACAACCCACCGUAGAAACGCUCCAGUCCCUUGGCAUUAAAGUGCGAGAUUUUGCGUAUGAAAGUACUUUGCCACCCAUCGCGCCCGUUCCGCGUGUUCCACGGCAAACUCAACCUAGUGCAAGACCGUUGAAACGUACCAGAAAUGACUGGGAGGAAGACAAUGGAGCGCCAUCACGCCCGCCAUUCGGACGCGAAGCCACCAAUGUUGGCAUGGAAGCAGGCAGCAAUCCCAUGUCUCUUGUGCGGAAAGCCACUGAGCCACUUGAAUUUGACCCUCCUCCUGUUUCAAAGCGCGCCAUGGGAUGCGCAAACUUGGGCAGACCUGUCCUAUUUGGCAGCCAGCUACCAUUUCGUACGCCUCGUCGCACCCUUAAGCUCCAUCGUACCCCACCGAGAAGAUCACCCACGAGCCCACUCACUUCCCCCCUGUUCGGUUCGCCCUCAGAAGAGCCUUCUCAGGAAGCAUCACAAGAGUCAGAGUUAGUGAUGACACCUGCUGGACCUGUGUCCUGGCAUAUGGAAGACGUCAGCUUGAUACCAGCUUCAAAGCUAGACACAGCCUCUUCGGCCUUCGUAUCAGAAGAAAUAUUUUAUCCCCAGCUGGGGCUUUCCCCACAGGCCUCACAACUUGCUACAUCACUCCUUACUCCUAUACGGUCUUCCGGCACCCCUAGUCACGUUUCACCACCAUUGCAGGCAGUUGAUCCUUUCGAGUCAUCGCAUCUUAUUCCACAAAUACCAGAUUCCCGUCGGGAACCCAAGCGUGGGGUGAAAGCUUCCACGACCAAAGCUUCCGCUCAGACAUCGCCUCGUUACCUUCUCCGUCGACGAUCUCUACUGUCUACUCACGCUCCCACACGUUCUCGGUAUCCCCAUCCACUCACUCCCACGAAGAAAGGAAGCCCAAAGGCUUCUCCGCAACAUCGCUGUAGACGCCUGCAGCAGUCUGUGCUAUCCAGGUGA